AUGCGCCUCCCCUACGUCCCGGACCCCCCGCCGACCUCCUCCCCGGAGGACCAGGCCAUCGUGGACCGCAUCGCGGCGCGGCGCGCGCCCCGGCCCCUGACAUCCCUGGACCUGGCCCUGCUGCACUCGCCCCCCGUCGCCGACGGCUGGAACUCGUUCCUCGGCGCCGUGCGCACCCGCACGCUGCUCCCCGCCGACCUGCGCGAGCUCGCCAUCUGCCGCGUCGCCUCCGUCAACCGCGCCUGGUACGAGUGGAUGCACCACGCGCCGCUCGCCACCGCCGCGGGCGUCGGCGACGAGGCCAUGGCGCUGGUCAAGACGCGCGUGGGGCCCCUGGGCGACGUGAACACGCCCGAGGGCGGGUUUAGUGCGCGGCAGUGGGCUGUGCUGUGCAUUGCUGACGAGAUGACGCGGAAUGUGGAGGUUAGCGAGGGGACGUUUGCUGCGGUGAAGGGGUUGUUUGAGCAGAGGGAGGUGGUUGAGAUCGUGUCCACCGUGGCGUGUUAUAACUGUGUCAGCCGGUUCUUGGUGGCGCUGGACGUUGGGGAGAAGAACGGGACUGGGCCAGAUGCAGCUCACUAG